CAUCCAACGAAGUACCCGACCAACCACCUGCUCUCUCUGCUGAUCGUCUAUCGACUCCGUACCAUUUCACAAACUCGGCGCCGGCCUGUACCUUUACGAUCCAUCUGCAAACCCCACCACAAGGAAGAAAGGAAGCCAGAGAUUAUCUCGGCUCCCUUCGAAUAACAAACCCCACCGCAUCUACGAACCUCCUAACGGUUAUCUCCGUACUACCCCUACAUCAUCGCAACCAUGGGCGGCGACGAGCUCAAGGAGAGCAUUUCCCCUGCUCCCAGGGAGAAGUUGGAAGCCCAGAUCAAGAGUGCCGAUAUGACCGAAGAUAUGCAGCAAGAGGCCGUUGAAGUUGCCCAGGAGGCCAUGGCCAAGUUCACCGUUGAGAAGGAUAUUGCACAACACAUCAAGAAGACGUUUGAUGAGCGCAAGGGCCCAACAUGGCAUUGCAUUGUAGGCCGUAACUUCGGCAGCUUCGUCACUCACGAGACCAAGCACUUCAUCUACUUCUAUCUCGGCCACUGCGCCAUUCUUCUCUUCAAGACCCAGUAGGGGCGCGACCUCUUCCGCCGUUUUGUUUCCAGGUUGUAAAAGAAGAAAGAAGGCAGAAAGAAAGCAGCACCAGCAGCAGCAGCGUCGUCAUCAGCAUCUUCAAUAUUGCUUCAUCGCUGUCCCAACGGUGGCCUGGUUUCAACCACGGUUCAUGAGAUCCUCGCCGUCAUCUCUAUCUUGUGCUGCGAUUUUUUCUUGGUUUUGGCUUUUCUGAGAGCGACAGGAAAUGCAACGGCGGGCGCCCCUUUAACUUAGUAGGCCAUCACAGGACUAAAGGGGCGUUGACUGUCAUGUCCAAAGGGGAGAUUCAUCACAAAAGUGGGCCAUAUUGAUACAUAUCACAUACAGCAUUACUAUACCAUAUCUUAGUACCAUACCAUAUCACCAACGUUUACGAAUAAUCAAGAUAUCUUCAUGAUC